GGUGUUCGAACAUGGCAUUUUCUGCCUGAAGUCUUUGAGAGCCAGAGGGACAGGUGGCUUCUCCUGAAGGGGUCGGGUCCGACUGAGGUCAGCCCUUUAAGGAGGAUCUCAAGGGAGGGGUGAGCGGGGCUCCCAAAGGUAGAGGAGUCUUGCGCCACCUCCCGCCCUUUCGGUGAACCCUGAGGAAGCCAGGCAAGUUACCCGGAUGUGCAGUUUCUAGAAUUCCUUCACGGAGUCCGAGGGGUGGCGCUUUGGCUGGGCAGAUGGGGUGGGUCCUAGGCCUGGCCAAUCAUCAAGGCGAGGACCCUGAGGAAGGCCUGCAAGGACCGCCCACUGCACAUAAAGGCACUCGGAUUCCUGAACACCCCUGCAGACGUCCGGGAGGUGCUCCAGGCAGGUUGCUGGAGUUUGGCGUAUCUGGCCUUUCCGUCUCAGAAGACCGAGGGACCUGGCGUUUUCUCUGAGGGGCGCGGAGUGAGGAAACGUGAGAAAGUCCUGGGCUCCGGCAGGCGCCAAGGAAGGGGAAGGCCUUGGUCUGAGCUGGUGACAUCAGCGGAGGGAAGAGUCCCAGGAUCUGUGAGGAGUCAAGGCAAGGGAGGAGAAGGCCUUUGUCUGAGUACAAAGGCAGGUCGGCUGCGGGAGCCACAUCAGGUCUGAAGAGGGAGAGGCACACCUCUAGCAGGAGCCCAGGAAAGUGCCCUUGGUGAGGAACAAAGGUUCCUAGGAGACAAACCGUCCAGGAAGACAGGAGCCCUGUGAGGCCUUAGAGCACCCCCUGACCAGGAGACCUGCUCGUGGGAUCUCAUCUCCCAUUCUCCUGCUCACACUUCUGCCUGCGGCUCCCAGCAAGACUCAACAUGUCUCGCACUUCAAAGUGUCCACGCCUCACACCUGAGCCUAGCUUUCAGGCCCAAAGUGAGAUAGGUCUUUCCGUACCUGGGGAGGAGGAGGAGAAUUCCUCUUGCUCUUUCACCUUCUCCUACCUCUCCAGCUCCUCCUCAUCUUCCUCUCCUGUAAUGGCAGGUGCCCGAGAGGAGGAGGAGGAAAUGGUGCCAGAGAGAGAGAUGGAGAGGAAGGAGGGGGACGGGGAGGAGAAGGAGGAAGAGAAGCAGAAGCAGCCUGCUGCUGAGAUGCCAGGUCCUCCCCAGGGUCCUCAGAGAUCCAUGGCACCGAGCACAUCAGCUGGAGGCUCUGGUGGCCAAGAAAUGGAGGGAGCGAGCUCUCUGCAGGCCUCUGCAGACCCUGAAUCUAUGGAGAUAGAUCCACUAGAAGACAAGGUGGCCAAUUUGGUGCAUUACAUGGUCCUCAAGUAUCGAUUGAGGAAGCCUGUUACAAGGGCGGAAAUGCUCAAAGUUGUUAAGAAAAGGGACAGGCGUCAGUUCCCUGUGAUCUUUGAGAAGGCUUGUAAGUGCUUGGAGGUGAUCUCUGGCAUUGAUGUGAAGGAAGUGGUCCCCGCCACCCACUCCUAUGUCCUUGUCAACUCACUGGAUCUCACCUAUGAUGAGAUGCUUGGUGACUUCCAGAGCCUGCCUAAAAAUGGCCUCCUGAUAAUCAUCCUGGGUCUGAUCUUUCUAGACGGCAACUGCGCCCUUGAGCAAAACAUCUGGGAGUUCCUGAAUAUGCUGGGAGUGUAUGCUGGGAGGGAGCACUUCAUUUAUGGAGAGCCUAGGAAGCUCAUCACCAGAACCUGGGUGCAGGAAAAUUACCUGCUGUACCAGCAGGUGCCUAAUAGUGACCCUCCACGCUACACAUUCAUGUGGGGUCCCAGGGCCCAUGCUGAGACCAGCAAGCUGCAGGUGCUCGAGUUUUUGGCCAAGAUCAAAGGGACCGACCCCACUUCCUUCUCAUGCUGGUAUGAGGAGGCUUUAAGAGAUGACAGAGAGAAAGCCCGCGCCAGAGUUGCCCCCGUGGGCCGUGCUGCUGCCCUCUCCAUGGCAAAGAAAUAAAGAGUCUGCAGCCUCUCCUCUCCCAGCUGGAGAAUGAGCCCCAAUCCUCACUCUGUGUGUGAAAAGGGCGCUCACAGUUCCAAGGAGAGGAGGGCCAGAGUCGGGGGCAGGCUGGGGAGAACACAGCGCACAGCAGCUCUGUCUUUGCAUUCUGUGUAGGGGACCUGGAGGCUUGCUUACCUUGUUUUUUGCUCCUUUUGCUAUGUUUCAAGUGCUGUUCCUUUUAGUAGAAAGUUCAUGAGCUUUGGAAUCUAAGGUGAUGAAACAAAUUUGUGUUGCAUGCAUUGCUGUUUAUCGGGUGGAAGAGUGAGUUUUGAUAUUUGGAAAUGUCAAAGUAUUUGGGGGACCUUCCAUCUUAUUUUGUGAUCUGGAGGAAAAUAACGUGACACCGGUGUAGGAAUGUCCUUGGAAAUGUGAAAGAAUCCCUCCGAAAAAUAGAGCAAAACAUGUAACGGCUGUUUAACUUUUGGCUUUCUUAACCAUUUUACUUUCUUUUGUGAAAUUAAAGGAGAUGUACCUGGCUUUGCUUGGCUUAUUCAAAGAAGUAGGACUAAUCUUAGCAUAUGUUAAUAAAUAAAUUUUAGAAAU